AUGGUGUCGGCUGAUAACACCAGGCCAGAUCAGGGGGGGGGGGGGGGGAGGGGGGGGGGGGGGGGGGGGGGGGGGGGAGGAGGGUGUGUUCGCCCUCAGCCACCCCCAGCUCUGUACUCACACCCGGGGCGACAGCAACAUCUGGCCUCUCAGCCCAGCAGAGACCGGCCACGCCCCCAGCAGAGACCGGCCACGCCCCCAGCAGAGACCGGCCACGCCCCCAGCAGCGACCGGCACCGCCCCCAGCAGAGACCGGCCACGCCCCCAGCAGAGACCGGCCACGCCCCCAGCAGAGACCGGCCACGCCCCCAGCAGCGACCGGCACCGCCCCCAGCAGAGACCGGCCACGCCCCCAGCAGAGACCGGCCACGCCUCCUGCAGAGACCGGCCACGCCCCCAGCAGAGACCGGCCACGCCCCCUGCCUCACACAUGCUCUGGAGAGAGGGAGCAAAACAGUCAUGACAAUGUGUACUGUGGACCGGGCUGAGCAGGACCAGGAGGAGCAGGAGGAGGGAGAGGUACUGUGGACCGGGCUGAGCAGGACCAGGAGGAGCAGGAGGAGGGAGAGGUUUACUGUGGACCGGGCUGAGCAGGACCAGGAGGAGCGAGGAGGAGGGAGAGGUUUACUGUGGACCAGGCUGAGCAGGACCAGGAGGAGCAGGAGGAGGGAGAGGUUUACUGUGGACCGGGCUGAGCAGGACCAGGAGGAGCAGGAGGAGGAGAGGUUUACUGUGGACCGGGCUGAGCAGGACCAGGAGGAGCAGGAGGAGGAGAGGUUUACUGUGGACCGGGCUGAGCAGGACCAGGAGGAGCAGGAGGAGGGAGAGGUUUACUGUGGACCAGGCUGA